AUGCUCCAGGCCAGCCUGAGCGAGGUCCUGGUGUACAUGGGCCUGUGGGUGCCGUGGCCGCUGACUCAGCCGGCCAUCCUGAUACGCGCGCUGGGCAUGGACCUGCUGCAGAGCGAGGGCGCCAUGAUCGUGUCCAUGCAGGACCUGGGGGACGUGCUGCCGCCCGACCUGGACCUGGUCCCCGGCCACGAGGCCCGCAAGCGCUACAGCCUGCACCCCUCCUGCUUCCGCUUCGAGCCGCUGCCGCCAGAGUACCCCGGGGGCCCCCCGCGCGUGGACACCACCGUCAUCGCCACCCUGGACAGCAAGAAGGUGCCCGUCAACGACACCGUGAUAUCGUUCUUGCUCAAGGGCCUCUCGCGGGGCGUGCUGCACGCGAGCGAUGCGAGGCGGCGCGGCGCGACCGCGCUCGCUGUGUUUGCUCCCGUGGUGUACCGCACCGUCAUCGUCACCUGCAACCGCCUCUUCCACCGCACCGCCCCCGAGGACUCCCCCCUCAUGCGCCGCAUGCGCGAGCGCGCGGAGCUGUACCUGCCGCAGGCCCUCUCCAUAGACAGACACCUGCGGGCCCACGGCUGGGACGAGCAGCUGCCCCAGAUCAGGGGGCUGCACGGCCGCGCCUAA